CAUGGAAGAAUAACAAAAUUUGACGUUUAUCAUCAAAGUAAAAUAACAUCUCCACGUUUUCCAUGCAGUUUAUACGGUUAAACAGUUGGUUUAAUCUGUACCAUUUGGUACCAUGGAGUCUAGAAAGAUCUCAGACAUUGUUCUGUUAAUUGUGUUAAUUAUAUUUUUGUCAAAUAUUAUUGCUUCAAGUUCUAUGUCUCCUGAUGAAAAGAAGAAAAUCAAGGAUCAUGUUCUUGCAAUGUUUGACCAUGCUUAUGGAUCUUAUAUGAAACAUGCAUAUCCAGCAGAUGAGCUGAUGCCUCUGAGUUGUAAAGGAAGAUACAGAGGAACAAAGCCAAGCCGAGGAGAUGUCGAUGAUACACUAGGAAAUUUCACACUGACAUUGAUAGAUUCCCUGGACAGUUUGGUGGUUCUGGGAAAACUUGAUGAGUUUGAUAUUGCUGUUCGGAAUGUUAUCAAAGAUUCCAGGUUUGAUGCCGACAUCAUUGUGUCUGUCUUUGAAACCAACAUCAGAAUUUUAGGUGGUCUGCUUGGUGGUCAUGUGGUUGCAAGCUACCUUAAGAAAUGGAAGAAAGGAAUGAUGUGGUACAACCAGGAGUUACUUGAGAUGGCGCGAGAGGUGGGAGAUCGGUUGAUGCCAGCUUUUAACACCACUACAGGAAUCCCAUACCCACGGAUAAACUUACGGAGCGGAAUCAGUGAAACGAUCAGUUCUCAGAACAGAGACACGUGCACUGCUUGUGCUGGGACAAUGAUUCUAGAGUUCGCUGCCCUCAGUCGACUGAGUGGUGAUCCCAAAUACGAACUGAAGGCUCAAAAAGCGAUGGACUUUCUGUGGAAUCAGCGUCACCGUACUAGUGAUCUCAUGGGCAUGGUUAUCAACAUCCAUAAUGGUGACUGGAUUCGUAGAGAAAGUGGUGUUGGUGCGGGCAUCGAUUCCUACUAUGAGUAUGUGCUUAAGGCUUACAUCCUGCUUGGCGAUGAGACAUAUCUGGACAGGUUCAAUAAGCACUAUGAUGCUGUGAUGCGUUACGUGAGUCAGGGCCCUCUGCUGGUGGAUGUACAUAUGCACAAGCCAGAAGCUGUGUCGCGUAACUUCAUGGACUCCCUCCUGGCAUUCUGGCCAGGCCUGCAGGUAUUAAAAGGUGACAUUGGACCUGCGGUAGAAACUCAUGAGAUGUUGUACCAAGUGAUGCAGAGACACAACUUCUUACCUGAAGCAUUUACAACAGAUUUCAGAAUUCAUUGGGGUCACCAUCCACUGAGACCGGAGUUUGUAGAAUCCACAUACUUCUUAUAUAAGGCAACUGGUGAUCCCCACUAUCUGGAUGUAGGCAAACUGAUCAUUGAUAAUCUGGAGACCCAUGCACGGGUCAGCUGUGGCUACGCAGCUAUUAAAGAUUUAACAAAAGGAACACAUGAAGAUCAGAUGGAUUCCUACAUGCUGGCAGAAACAUUCAAGUACUUGUUCUUACUGUUUUCCGAGCCCGAGGAUCAGGUUCUUGAGAUUGAUGAUUACAUCUUUACAACAGAAGCGCACCUGCUUCCUUUGUCUCUGUCUAUCACCAACAAAUCAAGAUCAGCAGCAAAGGUUGAGCCUGAAAGUUACCGUCACUUGGAUAAAGACUAUGAGUCGUCGGAGCCGAUGUCUGAAGCAGACACGUCGAGUUCUGAGUGCAGGAAGUCCGGUAUGGAUCUCGAUGCCAACCACAACACGUGUCCAAACCUGCACGUCAUAUUACCAGGAGGUCAGAACUUCGCACACGGGCUGCGCCAUCAGAUGAAGAACCUGGUCAACAAAGUUAGUCCUCCGCCGCACAGGACAAAGGACAGACUGAAGGCAGGUGACUUCAUCGCAGGUAACAAGGAGCAGUUGGAUAUUCUGCAUCGGAUGGGGAUCCGCAUCCAGACCAUGUCCGAUGGCCGAAUACAGCUGCUUCACACGGCCUCAGAGGCUGGGAGUCCAGCUGAUGCGGAGGAUGGGAUGAAGUUUAUGCAGGAAAUGAUUGAGCUGUCAAAGCUGCAGACACAAGAAGGGACAGCCCAGCAUGAUCCGAUGUAUGUCAAAGUGCUGACUCCAACAUUCACAGGUUCAGCACCGUACCGGGCUGGCCCAGCUCAGUUCGGAUACGACUUAAAAGUCUCACCACCGGUUGAAGGUCAGCUGGCUAUUGGUGAUCCAUUCAAGGCCUGUUCACCUCUGACCAACUCAAACCAGCUGUUUGGUAAAAUAGUGAUGCUUGAAAGGGGAGACUGUAUGUUUGUCGACAAGGCAAGAAACUUGGAGAAAGCUGGUGCUAUUGGUGGCAUUGUUAUUGAUCACAACGAGGGCAGCUCCGCGGACAGCCAGGCCCUGUUUGCGAUGUCUGGCGAUGGGAAGAAUGACAUCACCAUUCCGAUGGUCUUCCUCUUCAAGAAGGAAGGUGCUGAGCUAGUGAGUGCUGUGCAAACACUCGGAAUCAUCGAGGUCGUCCUCCAAGACGGCCAUUCACAAAGUGUGCUUCAGCCAUUGCAACCCGAAGGAUCAAAGCCUGCGGAACCUUCCAAGCCAUAUAUCCCCGACCAGACACCUCCAUACAACAGCGUGCCACAACGUGGGCCAGACAAAGACAUUCCAGUGUCAUUCCAAGUGAACUCUCGUCGAGUGCACAUGAAGGUCAAGAUGACGGAAAAUAAUCAAGAAGCAUUCGAUCUUGUGGAGAAAGAUGAAGACAAGAUUUUGAAAAUCCGAGAGAAAUCAGAUGGUUCUAUAGAGGUUUCUUUCAGCAUGGAUGAGGAAAAAAAGACGGAAGAAACGAAACCAGAUGUGAAUCAGCUUUAUGCAGAUCUGAUGAAAACACUUCAAGAAAAAACCAAUUUCAAUGAUCUCAGGGAUAAAAAUGAAUACCUGAAUGCAAUUGCACGCUUUCUCGAAUCGUCUAACACAGGUGUUGGGUUGUUCGAUUACUCGACUAAAGAAUUGAUAGAAAAACUCACCUCCGAGUUGUUAACAAAACAGUCCCAGGAUAUGAAGAAGAGUUCCAAGGACCAGGCUCACUAUGCAUCAGCGGAAGACUUUGCCGAGUCUGCAGGAACAGAGACACAAGGCAGCAAAUCGGAGAAGUCCGAUUCUUCUGAAAACACAAACACUGACUCCAGGGAUUCCUGGGUACGUGUCCAUGCUCAAGACAAAUCAAAUAACUUUGGAGCAACAAUUGACGAGAAUGGAGUUUUAAUUCUAGUCGAUGACUCGCAAUCCAGAAAGGGUGAAGUAGAUGAGAUAAAAACCCAGGACCAAGAUUCAGGUAAAGACCUUGACCAAGAUUCAAGGCAAAACCGUGAACAAGAUUCAGUACCUCACAGUGAGUCUCUUUCCUCCAGAGAGUUUAGUCAGACACUUAGUGGUGAAGGAAGUGAAAAUGUUAGGACACACGUGAGUGUGAAAGAGAGUGAUUUGUCCGAUGGACACGUUCUAUCUGGUGAUGGUUUAAGGACUAGACAGGAUGCUUCAUCACAUUCUACACAAUCUUCAACUGAGUCCAGCACUUCCCAGCAGAAAUCCAAAGACGAAUUGUAACCACAGAGCUCUUGUUAAAGGCACUUGUUCCUGUGUGUUUUACUUAGGAAGCCUCAGCUGAAUUAUAAUGUUACUUGCUAUUUCUUACUCGUUAUGCAUAACUUGACAUCUCUACGUGUGUGCAUUUCCCUGUUAUGACACCAUGGUUCAAAUAGUCAGUGAGUGGCUAAAAUGUUCUGUUUCCCUGUCACAUAAUAACCCCUCACUUCUUUGCAGUCCAUUGUAAUGGGAGGAAAUGCACAUAGGUAGAGGUGUUAUGUUAAGUAUUCAAUGUCUGCAUUUCCUAUGUGUUUAGGAUUGCUUUGAUUUUAAUAACACAAAAGUUUUUACCUCUGAAAAUUGCACACCUGAUCUAUUUUUAAACAGAAAUGUCUGUACAUCAUUCAGAAUAAUUUUGUUAACUGUAAAAAUAACAGAAUAUUUUAGUCCUAACUAAUUAUUACUGUAUACUGAUUCCCAAUACUAGAUUUUGUGCGAUAUUAUUUUUGGAACAGCCUUUUAUUGUAGAUAAACCUUAUUGAUUUUAUUUUUAAAAAACUUUUCAGUUUUAACAUUAUAAGUAAAAUAUAUUUGGUUAAAGUUUCAACUUUUUUUUUUAAAUCAAAGAAUGGAAUGUAUAAAGUUUCAUUAUAUCAUUUAUAAAUUAUUACAAAGUGGAUUGCAGUGUAAUUCAGAUUUUCCCACAUGCUGAUUUGAUGUAAUCUUGAGCUAACCAUUUUUACAAUACCUGGCGUAUUUUGUAUCUACACUAUGUUUAGCAAAUUAACACCGAGUUUUAAUAAAUUAAUAUACUGAUGGAAAACCCCCACAAGGGAACCCAUAAAUAUUACAGCAAAUAUUUAUCGCAACCAUAAUAUCAGAAAGUUAACGGUUAUUGAGAUUCAAUACACAGUAAUGACACUUAGUCCUGUAUUACAUCUCUGUAUUUUACAAAAAUACAACUACUUAAGUAGUGAAUACAAUUUGGUCUAAAUUACCACAUGUUCCCUUAUUUCCUUCCAUCAGUACAUUGUAAGUAAUGAAGACUUACACUUCUACAUUCUACACUUGUGGAACAAAAUUAUGAAGUGAUCAUUGUCUUCAUGGGGUGGGAGUGGGUGUGUUAGCAUCUCACAAACUGGGAACUUGUCUAUUUAUGUGGGUAUAGACUUUUUUAAAGUAGAUCCUUUUAAUAGGUUAUACAUGUAGGACCGAAUUUACGAAGCCUAUUUUUCUUAAACACAGGCAUUUAAGUAUAGUAAAUAUAUGUAGUUACACAUGUGCAAGUCGAAAACAGGCUUUGUAAAUUCGGGCCAUAGUCUUUGAGGUGGGGAGUAUUGCUUACGCAGGGUUAAGAGAUUGCUAAUAUAUGUGCUGUCUAUAAGUUUUGCUGGUGUAGAAAUAUAUGUAGGUCACUCAAGUUUUCAAGGCCAAAUUCGUUCCACAAUAAUGCCCCCCCCCCCCCCCCCCCAUCCCCAAAUACAAUUUCAUCCCAUAUUCCUGUAUAUGCAAGCAUGUUGGUAUCGUCUUUGAAAUCCAUAUAUUGCUCAAUUGUACCAUAUAUUAGAUUUUUAUGUCUGUUGGUGGUGUUGUCCAAUGCAAUUCUUCAUCCUUUAAAAAAUAAUAAAACAGAUUGGGUCCAUAUUUAUGUAAAACACCCAUUACAGCUAAUAAUAUUUUCUUUUGAGUUUAAAUUGUUUCAUUUUGACAAGUUCAGGUUUAAAUGGUGUGAAACGAGAACUUAUUGGUUUUUUUGUUUUAUUUCUGUAAUCACUAGUACAAGGGAAGGAGCACUAGUUAAUCACUAGUUUUGUGCUUUUUAAUUAUUAAUAAAAGCUUUAUAAAAAAACCUUAUUAUCUACUUGUAAACUGCCAGUCAGUAGCUAUUAUCAAAUGCAUGCAAUAGUUAAAAUCGGUGAUAAUCAUGGUUACAAUUUUUUUUAAUUCUCCUUUUAAAGUUUUCACUCAGCUUGCUGCACAAAAUUCAUAAAGGUUAGUCAAGUUUUACCAACUGAACUGUGACCAGCAGGGUUUUUACAAGUAAAUAGUCUGUUGAUUACAAGCCUCAACUUGUGAAAUUAUCCGUGAUGCUGAAACGAAUAAACAGCACUUUGUGAUGAAUCUUCAUUUACCUUGCUGUCAAUUAUGGCAACAUCAUAAACUCAUCUGCAAGCAGAAUUGACUCGCUGUUAAAAAGUAUUAUUGUUUACGAACAAAUUAUCGUCUUGCGUAAUUUUAGGGUUCAGCAAUUUAUAGACAUAUCAUUGACCACGUUUUGUGGUUACAAUAAUUAUAGUUAAAAAAAAAUGUAGGAUGCUUUGUUAUACAAUACAAAAUUAUUAACUUACUGUUGGCCAGUUAUGAACAAGUUCGAUUAGGGCCAAAAUCCACACAAAGUCAUUUUUUAAUAAAUAGAAAGUAUUUUAUUAUCUAGAUGUACCUAUAUUUGAUAGAUCUUUAUUUUAUUUAUAACUGUGAUGAGACCUAUGUCCACCUGUGAUAUUUACUGUUUAAUGUUGUAUAUGACUGUUCAGGAAAUGCAUCAAGUUGACAUUCUACAACAAAACAGUUAUUCCAUGCUACCAUCCAGUUAUCAUGGGAAUUAGAAGUUCAACUUUUCUGUUGCUGACAGUGCUACCAGUGUACAUGUAUAUAUCAAGGGCUUACAACCAAAACUGUUUGCAUAUGUUCACAUCUUACCAAAAUUAUAUCAUAUCACAAUUUUAUUUCUCCUUUUUUAUGAGUAGUGAUGUUCCAUCGAUCAAUUAUAAUUGAAAAUUGAUUAGUUGUGCUCUACUGAUGUCAUGAUUUAUUAUAAAACUCCGUAAUCAAUUGUUUUGGGGGAAAUGUUCACCAAUUGUUCCUAAAGUUUGAAUGAUGGAAUUGUGUACCGUAAAUAUACUGUGGUUUGGGUUUGUUUUCAUGUAUAAAGAAAACAGAUAUUGCAUAGGUAUUAAAUGUAAAAUUAGCAGUUUGUAGUCUUUCUCGAUGGACAUGACAAUAGGUGCAUAGUCCUAAUAAUAAAUCUGUCUAAUGUGCAUAUAAUUCUAAUCAAUUGUGUAAUUGAAAGUUGAUCAAUUGGUGCAAACCAAUUAUAAUUGGUAAUGGAUUUCCAACAGAUUCCAGACAAACUAAAAUUAGUAUACAAAGAAUAGGAAGGUUGAAAAGCUUUACUAUUUGAAUAAUUUUUAAACACUUUUUCAGAUUUUUUGUAAUUUUUGAAACAUUUAAUAUUACAUUUCUAAAAACCAUUAUUUUAGACCGAACCAGUUCAGGUUGUCAGCCCUUGAUAUCAUCAUGUUGACUAAAUUUAUGUUUUACUCUAUACUGAUGGGAAGAAAUAAGUGAACAGAUGAAUAGAAACAACAAAUAUGUACUGUUACCAGAACCCUCAGUACCAUGGUAUCAAAGUGUCCUGUUAUGUCUCUGUAUUAUAUACAGACUUAACUACUCUAAAGGCGGUGCCAUACAAUAUGAAUGUCUCACGAGAGAAUAGCCAACUGCAUAGCAACCAAUGUUGUCUUGUCACAGUCAGCUAUUCUCUGGGGAAUUCUGGUAUUAGACACUCGUAUUGUGUGGCGUGGCCUUAAUAGUGAAUUAAAUUUUGUCUUGAAUGUUUCCUUAUUUCUUUCCAUCAGUAUUUAUUCAUGGUUGUAAAAUGUAAUUUUAAUAAAACUAAAACCCACAAUGUUUGUAUAUAAAUCUGUAGUAUUUGUACAUGUGUAAAUAUUAAUUAAUCUGUGUAUAAUGUGUAAGUAUAAGUGUCAGAAUAGGUGUUCCAUAAAUUAUCUCUUUUUUUUGUCAGCCACGUGUUGUAAAAUCUACUUGGCAUCAUCAAUCAUGUUCCCAAAACAUUAAGCACAUCGUCAAUAAAAGCACUGUACAGAUAUUCUGACAAUCAACAAAGUUGUGUUAAGAUAUUAUCAUCAUAAAGAUACUGGCAACAAUUGUUGUUACUUUUAGAGUAGAAAGACCGAAUUUAUGAAGCUUGGUUUUUUUAAACCAUAGAUGUUUAAGUGUUGUAAAUGUAUGUGGUUACGUGUGUGUAAGUCAAAAACAAGCUUCGUAAAUUCAGAAAUGUUUGCUGUCUACUCAGGUAUUUGGAAGGUGGAGGGUAUAGGAGUAAAAAAGAAAGAAAAAAAAUUGAUUAAAUAUACUCAUUAUAAAAUAUAUCACCAAGUGCAUAUCAGGAAACACAAACACCGACUGACAAAUGCCAGCCAGACAGAAUGAUAUUUUUCAUUAACUAAUCAUUGAUGACAACUAAAGGUGGUGCCACACAAUAUUGUGUACAUUGUACAAGAACAGCAGAUUGCAUCGCAGAUACAGAAAUCACGGUUCAUCUUGUCACAUGUCCUAACUUAGCUUCAGUAUUCCAAUAGAUAGGAUGGUAAUUUUCAUGGUUCUCCUGAGUAAAAAUUAACAUGGACGUAUUUCAUGGGCUUGAUUGCCUAUCAAAUAUAGUCGGUCGAUUAAGCAAGUAUUUUACAAAGAAACAAAAUUAACAUUUUCUAGUCGAAAUUGGGGGGGGGGGGGGGGGGGGGGGGGGGGGUAAAAAUAACUUAACAAAACACUAAUUGUAGUAGGUAUUAUUACUGAAUUCUUACUUCUAUUAUGCCAUAAAGAUAAACAUAUAUACUUAGUAUGCAUUUUUAAGUCAUUUAAUGCAAAAAAUAAAUUUGAUUGACAAGUAAUACAUUGUCAAGUUUCCGUAUUUGAUUUAAAAAAAACCCUGUUCCAUUACAUCAUAUUGUGUAGCACUGCCUUUGAAGCAAUUAUUAGACAUGAACUGCUUAAAUUAUUUUUGGAGCUGGUGGUGGUUAUUUUAAUGAUUAAAAUUAUUACAUGUCAUACGUGUAUAACAAAAUGGGUGGAAGAAUAAAAUAUAUUUAAGUUGUGUGUAUAUAUACAGAGAUGGAAGUUUCUGGAUUUCUAAAUGUUUUUCCAUAUUGUUUGUCCAAAAUAUACAAUAUGGUUUUGGCUGAUGCUUUGCCUCCAUUCUGAAUGGCGUCUGCCAUUUUAGAUCAUUGUGCAAAACUUUAAUUUUUUUUAUUUCAUAACCCCCUUUCAUCUCUGAUAUAUGUCCAAAUGGAUUUCAGCACAAAAAUUUUAAUACCUUUGAUGCAAGAUAAAAAAAAAAAUGUAUGUGUGACUAAUGUCAGUUGAACAUGUAUUAUGAAGUAUGCGAGUGUGAAAGAAUACAAUAAAAAAACAUCUUGAUA